UCCAAUUUUUCCAAAGUAUAUCAUCUUAACCAUAUCUUUAUCCACCACCCACCCACUCAUUACACACUCCAUUGCAAUUUCCUCAUCAACCUCCAACAAAAAUGGCAACCUCCACCUUCCUCUUCACACCCACAAUCAAAACCCACAGUCUAAUCUCCCCAUCAACCAUCUCAUUCCAAGGUCUCCGCCACACAAAGGCCAAAACCGCCCUACCAAGCCUCACCACCACCACCACCUCACGGAGGAGCUUCGCCGUCAAAGCUGAGCUGAGUCCGUCACUGGUCAUAAGCUUAAGCACUGGGCUGUCUCUGUUUCUGGGGAGAUUCGUUUUCUUUAACUUCCAAAGAGAAAAUGUGGCCAAACAAGUGCCGGAGCAAAACGGAGUGUCGCAUUUUGAGGCCGGAGAUGUUCGUGCUAAGGAAUACGUUAGUCUUCUGAAAUCGAAUGAUCCAGUAGGGUUUAAUAUUGUUGACGUUCUUGCAUGGGGUUCUAUUGGUCAUAUUGUUGCUUAUUAUAUCUUGGCUACUGCUAGUAAUGGCUAUGAUCCUAGCUUUUUCCCUAAAUAAAUGCAGUUUUUUU